AUGCCUCGAGCCUACCCGGGGCGGUACGCGGAGGCAGUGGUGGAGGGGUCGACGUCCAGCUGGCCAUGGCAGAGAUGGCGUGACGUGGCUGGAAUCCAAGCGCCCCAAAUUCCCCACCAGCAUGCCCUCGACCCGCCCUUCGAUCCCGCUCACCCCCUCGCGCGUCUCCCCACCAUCCGCCCCACAUUCCUCUCUCCUUCCUUCCUCCACGCCUCCUCCUCCUCCCCGUACCCACCCCGCACCACCGGCGCCAUCUCUCCAUCACUCCCUCCGCAAAUCACAGCACGGGGCGCGGCGUGGGGGGCAGCCGCGGGGGCAGCGGCGGCGGGGGUGACGUCAGAGGCGGCGCUGGUGCUGGUGUCCCUCGCGCUGCUGCUCUCCCUCUGGAACAGACAGCUGCGCCGCUCCACCUCAGGUGCGCCCCCCCUCGCCUCCAGGUGGCCCCCCCUCGCCUCCAGGUGGCCCCCCCUCGCCUCCAGGUGGCCCCCCCUCGCCUCCAGGUGCGCCCCCCCUCGCCUCCAGGUGCGCCCCAACUCGGUGUGCCCGUCUUCAAGUGCACUCCCCGGCAAGUCAUUUCCACAGCAUGCCAGCCGUGCAGGUAAGCCGCGGCUCCUAACUCAGCACACUCGCUCCCCUACACACCCCUCUCUUCCCCCUCUCUCCCCCCUCCCACCCCUUCUAUCCCCCCACCCAUCCCCAUCUAUCCCCCCACCCAUCCCCCUCUCUCCCCCCACCCACCCCUCCCUUCCCCACUCUCACCCCGCACACACUCGCCCUGCAGGGUCGUGCCAGCAGUACAGCUUGGACGAGGUGUCGCGGGCAACGGAUUACUUUGCGGAGGAGAACAAGAUCGGCACGGGCGGAUCACAUCACGCCAUGUGCCUCUUCAGCCUUCUCUCCCCGCUGCAAUCUCUCAAGCCAACCUCCAUCAUUGCCUCCUUUCCUCCUUUCCUCGUUCGCCUUUCUCUCAAGCUCGUUGGGAAUUGUGAUUGCCUUUGCAGUGGAGCGAAGAUAUCAGCGUUUGGGGCGGUGCGCAUGGGGUAUGACGAGCACAUGGUGCAGUCCAUGGGCACGCAUGGCUACAUCGACCCCGCUUCCCGCGCCAACAGGAACGCUCGCCCCAGCGCCGACGUGUACAGUUUUGGAGUGGUGAUGCUGGAGAUGCUGACCGGGCGCAAGGCAGUGGAGUGGGACGGCAAUGCAGACAGCAACUUCAAGGGAUGGGUGGUGCAGUGUCUGUACGACCGCAACGUGGCACUCAUCGGCGACCCGCAUCUCAAGGCGCCGGACAGCGUGGUGGUGCGCAUGGCGGACCUCGCCCUGCCGUGCCUUGCCAUGCCCCCCGACAGCCGCCCCUCCAUGGCACGCGUCAUCCAUGAUCUCGAGGCCGUGAAGCUCUUCAUUGCCUCGCAGUGGCCUGACCUCGUGCACUGCUCGCCUGAUGCUGCCCGCUCUGCCGAUGGGACCAGUGGGGAGUUGAGCUCUGGUGAAGCCGUGUCAGUGCAACAGCGCAUCUUAAAGGCAUCUUCUUUCCACCAUGCAAUGCGUCCCCUUGUGUUUCAAUGUCCGCUUGCUUACCUUCUUCUGCCUUCACCCCUUUCCCCCACGCCUCCCCCCUUUCUUUUCUCUUACUCCGUCUGCUGGGUGUGUCCCAUCCCAAUGGCCUGCCAUCAUCACCCAACCAGGUUCAACGACGACCACCACCAUUGCAAGAACAAACUCAAGUACGAUCACUCCACCACAUCCCACCCACACACCCCACACGCACACCUUCUCGUCACCUUGCGUCCCUCCUCUCCGGCCUCCCUCUCUCCUUGUUACACUGUAUGUGGCAGCAGCGGAGCGGAGGGGCCCGCUGCUGUGCCAGCAGGUGAGUGUGGCGGAGGUGGUGCGGGCGACGGGCGGAUCAACGAGAUGGCAUCGAAGCAUCAUCCGAACCUGGUGCGGCUGCUGGGGUUCUGCAUUGACGGCGAUACAGCGUCGGAGAACAUGGAGCAGAUUGCCAUCUAUGAGUUCAUGCCCAAUGGGGACCUCGAGAAGCGCCUGCACCCAGAGUGGUGUUGUAUACCUCCCUCCUCAUAUCUGUCCCACUUUUCCCCCCAACCCACCCCCACGCCCACACCUCCGCUGCUCAUGCCGCCGUGGCACGUGGUGGUGGUCAGUUUCGGCAUAGUGAUGCUGGAGCUGCUGACAGGCCACAGAGUGGUGUUCAUUCUGGACGGGGGCGCCCCCAUGAACAUCAAGGAGUGGGUGGAGCAGCGCAUAGCCUCGGGGGAAAUCAGCGCCAUAGGCGACCCCUUCAUGCGCGCCCCGGACUCCCUCGUGCUCCGCAUGGCCCGGCUGGCCCUGCGCUGCACGGCUGCGCUGACAGCGGCGCGGCCGACAAUGGGCGAAGCGGCGACGGAGCUGGAGACACUGAAGAAGGAGUUUUUCGGGCUGGAGAGUGGGCGCAUGGCGCAACGGGUGGAUGAGCAGAUGCAGUCGCUAAGGCUGACGCACAGGGAUUUGAGAGAGGAGCUGCAGAUGAUUGCGGGGAUUGAGUCGAGUGCCAGCUCGGCGACUGGGAGGAGGCUGUCGGGGGGGGUGAGGCGCGAGGAGGCGGAGACCGUCGCAGCCCUGCUCAUUGUCCGCGCGCCCCCCGCGCGCCCACCGCGCGCCCACCGCGCAAGCAUGCCGCCGCCAGCGCCACUCGCAGGCGCUAGCGCGCCGCCCAGUGCCCGCGCGUGCACUUCCGCCCUCCGCCCCUCGUGCACGCGCUGGUAUCCGCGGAGCCACGCUCAGCCUUUCCCCACCGGGAGCAGGUCAACCCGUGCGGCGGAUUCAAGCGCGCAGCUGGCGCGUCACCGCUGCGCGCCACUGCGGGUGCUCGUGGGGAGAGAAAGAGCGUCUGCAGGACACGGCGCGGGGAGAAGCCUAGCAGGCGGAGAAAGCGCGGUCUGGGGGAGACCGAGCGGGAAAUGUGGCGGAAGAGUGGGGGAGCUAGUGCGGUGCCAGGCAACAGGGGGGGAUGCGGUUAGCAAGGGGGGUGGCGGGCGAGGCGGAGGGGGAGCGGGGGGAGCAGGAAGCGGCGGGUACAGGUCGCUAGAGGAGCUGGCUAACAGCGUGGAGGCUUGCUUCUUCGAGGUGUGUGUGAGCAACAGCGGGCGGCCAGCAGCGAUGGCACUGCACGACCUCGUGGCCGCUGCGGCUGACGCCUUCCUCGCCGGGCACUCGCUGCAGCGCCUGCUGCUGCAGCUGCAGUACGGGGGAGCAGAGGGGGAGGAGUUCAGGAUGAGCGAGGCGGGGUACAGGCUCACGUCCUCCGAGCAGCACUACCGCACACAGUGGAUCAAAACGGUGUACCUGACCAUGUACCGCCUGCACCUGCAGCAGCCUGGCGCCUCCUUCAUCCACAUGCCCGCCUCUCAGCAACGCCACGGCACCCCCAGCGGUAACAGCAGCAGCAGCAGCAGCAGCAGCGGAGGCAGCAGUGUGAUGGAUGUGAGCCAUGCUGUGCCUGGCCUUGGCAUGUUCGAGGGCGCCAUGCCGCCUGCUUCCGAGCAGCCCGUGUCUGAUGCCUCUGGUAGCAGCAACGGAAUCGGUGGGGAUGGCAGUAGUGAAGAGAGCAGGAGUGGAAGCAGCAGCAGCAGCAGUAGUAUGGGAGCAUUGGAGGGGCUAUGGGAGGUGGUACAGGAGGAGCCAUGGCUGGGGAGCAUAGUGGACCGAGUCCUAGAGGGGCAGAGGACGGGUGAGGAGCAGAGCCUUGUGCACUUCGACCGCGCUCUCGCCACAGCAGGGGCAUCGGGAGGCGUGGCGGCAGAGCGGCGAGUGAUUGCACCGCAGUGGCUGCCCAUCAGCCAGCUGGUGCUGCUCACGUGUAAAGUGGCCAACGAGAGGCGCGGCCCGUUUGAGGGCGGAACCACUCGCUGCGCAGUUCACCUCGCCAAAUGGAAAGGGCAAGAUGGACGCCCUAUCAGGCUUUGCAAGGACGUGUCCCCGAAAGUCCGUGAAGAAGUGCGUGCCAUGUACGAAAACAAGGAGGAAAACAAGAGCAUGAAACGAGGGGCGGCUGCUGCAGCACUCGACUCCGUGCUGGGCGCGGUCACUGCUUGUGCGGAGAAGAAGGGGAAGAUAACAGAAUUCUUCGGCGACGAGGCAACGUGCGCCAAGGAGGACGCGGAUAACGCGCUUUGCCUAAUGAUCUCGGUGCUGAAGCUUCCAGAGCGCAUCGUGGAUGAUCCGGUCUUCCGCUACGCGGUCCAAUGCUUUGCGCGCGCGGGACUGGGGUAUGUUCCCCCCAAGAGGGGCUACGUUGGAGGGGCGGGCUUGAAGAAAGUGCGGCAGAAAAUGGAGGCAGCGCUCGCCCCCGUUGCCGCGAGCUGGAAGCGGGACGGUGUCACCGUGUCGUCGGACAUGAUGACCGACCGUUGUGGCCGCCCGCAGGCCAAUAUACUCCUUGUCAACGACUCCGGCGCAGUUUUCGAGCAGGCCGUGGACUGCAACAUGGAGUCGAAGACGGGGGGGUACAUCGCCAGCCUUCUCCGCCCCGUCAUUGAUAAGGUGGGGCCGGAGAAUGUGGUGGCGGUCUGCACCGAUGGCGGCAGCAACUAUGCAUCGGCAGCGCGGAAGAUUGCGGGCACAUGGCCGCACAUUGAGCAUGUGCCAUGUGCCACGCAUGUCCUGGACCUGUUAAUGGAAGAUGUGGGCAAAAUGGGAUGGGCGAAGGGGCUUGUGGAGAAAGGAGGGGAGAUGAUUACCUUCGUGCGCAACCACCACUUCACCCGUGCCUAUAUGAAGAAAGUGGGGGGGAAGCAGGUGCUCAAGCCUGCGGGAACCAGGUUCGGGACACAAUACAUAGCCAUGGCCCGGCUAUGUGAGGUGAGGAGUGGGCUGGCGGCGAUGGUGCUCAGUGACGAGUGGAAGGUGUGGGCAGCGGGGGACAAGGAUAGGAAGACUGCAGCCGAGAAAUUCAGGGCUGUUGUGAUGGAUGAGGAGUGGUGGGGGGUGGCGGAGUUCUUUUCCUCUCUCAUGGCGGUGCCAUUCAAGGCCAUGCGGGCCACGGACUCUUCUGCGAAAGGCAUUAUGGGUAAGCUGUAUGACAUUAUGCUACAGCUUACCGAGGACAUCAAUGACAAGCUCGACGCUUCAGGCGACUUCUUGACUCGGACAGAGAGGGCAGAAAUCACCAAGAUUGUGAAGGACAGGUGGGACAACUCCCUUGCCUGCCCCAUGCAUGUGGUUGGCCGGAUCCUGAAUCCGGCCAACCAGGAGGAGGGAAUUUUUAGGAACGAUGUGGAGUGCACGAGGGUGUUCAAGGACUACAUCGAGCGCCACUAUGACCACGUCACCUUCAGGCGCGGCAAGGAUGGUGCCCCUCGCCGCGCCUCCCUUGUGCUGCAGGAGGCAUUGCUGGCCUACAUCAACUUGGAGGGCAGUUUUGGCAAGCUGAGCGCCAUAGCUGCAAGGGAGGCAGUGAAGAAAGGGGAGAUGAGCAUGGUGCAGUGGUGGUUGUGGCACAGCACCGAGUACCCUGAGCUUGCCACCCUCGCAUGCCGGAUUCUCACUCAGCCCGUCUCGGCUUCUUCAUGCGAACGUGGCUGGGCGCAGUGGGAAGGCGUCCACACCGCCCGCCGCAACCGCCUCGGGUCCGCCAAGUGUGCGGACCUGGUUUACAUUGCGCACAACUGGAACGUUGUGCGCAAUUGGUACAACAAGGAUGGGGCCAGCACGGUUGUGCCCGGGAACAUCCCGGACGCCCCUAUCCCCCGCGGCUACAACAUGGACGAGGAGGAGGAGGAUGACCUGCUGGGGGGGGAAGGAGAUGAUGCAGUGCUGGCGGAUGAGUAUGGGGAAGGGGUGGUGGUGGAAAAGCCUCGCAAGGAAAUAGGCUGUGGGGAAGCUCGCUAG